AAAUCAUGAAUUUUUAAUGGAUUUCAAUGUGGCCCAACAUUGACAAGAGGAUCUCAGGUGGGUGAAGUUUCUCAAGACAACAUGAGGGUUAAAACCCUGCCCUGUACCAGCAUCUUCCCGGUUUAAAGUCCGCGCAUCCCCGUAUCUGCAAUAUUAUGUCAUCGUUUUCGGAUUCUCGCGCAGGAUAGCUCGCCUAUACGGUAUUUCAGCAUAAAGUUCGACAACGAACGACUGUUUAUUUAAUCUGAGGUUGCCGAGUGAAACUGCUUUUUUAAAAUGAACACGAGAGAACGUGUGUUUUAAAGCAUGCUGUAGUCCGGGUACCGCUUCUAGUCACUUCCUUGUCCUGCGGAGAGGAUAAAGCAGUGACGUCGGUGGACCGGUCUGCACGGUGGCUAUAACGCCGCAGAGGGAAAGCUGUCCGCCCGACCCGGACAAACGAUCCACCCCGGCGUGUGAACACAAACCAGCCACUUCAUCGUGGGCGGCUCGACGACUCACGCGCGCUGAAUCUUAAAAAUGUUUUGCUGUGGACCACGACGAUAGGCUGGCGGUUACUAAGCGACGCUCGACCGGGAGAACAGCCGUUAUCAGCUGCCCCACUGUCUAUGUGUCCGUGUGCGGUGCACCGGUGAGCAUGUCCUUGGUGAAGUGUGACGAGGAGCAGCGAUGGGUGCCAACGCACGUGCAGGUAACUGUGCUACGGGCCCGAGGGCUGCGCGCGAAGGGUAAACACGGCACCAGCGAUGUUUACACCAUCAUCCAGCUGGGAAAGGAGAAAUAUUCCACGUGCGUGAUGGAGAAGACUACGGAUCCGGAAUGGGGUGAGGAAUGCUCGUUCGAGCUGCUGCCGGGGAUCCUGGAAGAGGGAGGGCGAGACGCGUACCCACCCGGUAGUGGCGACUUGACCCUCACCGUUAUGCACCGUGCUCUCAUAGGACUAGAUGGGUUCCUGGGCCAGGCUGUUAUACCGGUGGAUAAAGCCUUCCAGGAUCGGAAAUGCAUGAAAAACGAGUGGCACCGGCUGCAUUCUAAAACUGGCAAAAAGGAGAAGGAAAGAGGGGAGCUUCAGUUGACUGUGCAGUUCACUCGGCACAACCUGACGGCCAGCAUGUACGACCUUUCCAUGAAGGACAAACCUCGCUCUGCAUUCGACAAGCUCAGAGAACGCAUGAGAGCUAAGAAGCGCUCUAACGAAGAAGAUUCCUCUUCUGCAAUCGUCGCUGGGGGAUACGGAUCGCUGGUACGCGUGCGGGGGCGGCUGCCAAGUGAUGGGGGCGGCGAGGAAGACUACGAGGACGACGAAGGCGGGGAGGUCCGGAGGAGUAAGAUGAGAAGUUUUUUCCUGCGUGGGAAGUUGAGGAAGUCUUCAGACACACGCUCAAGCACGUCAUUGGGCUCCGAGAGCAGCGAGUCAUCAUCGCGGGGCGGCAGCCUCAGCCCGACGGCAGGAAUCAGUGUGGUGGUCUCAGAUCUGUCCAACUCUCCAAGUAACAGCAGCAACCUGACUGCAGACAACAGUCCAGAACACACAGUGGCUCCCUCACCACAGGUUUCUCCCGUCAGACAUGUGAUGUACGACAUCAGCUUACCAGUGCCUCAUUCUGUGACGUCAGAGAAAGACACCCCUGUUCUGCUUCCUUCGGUGUGCGUGAACGGGAAUCCGGUUGAAACGUCUCCUCUUACUCACCACCCACCGUCACUCAUACUACAACAACCUCAACGAGAGUCAACCAAACCAGUAACUCAGUUAACUCAGUCAGGUCAACCACAGGCAACCAAGCUGCCAGUUAAGCCUCAGAAAAUUGAACCGAAAUCCCAAGAAACCAGGCUAUCCAAGCCUGAGUCAAAGCCAAGGCACGAGCCCCAGCUCCCAGCCCUCGGGGUGCUUCAGAAGGGCUCCUCUCUCUCCCUCUCCCUGCAGAACCUCUCUCGACGUGGGGAAGAAAAGCAAAACGGCGGCCCUGUGGAUGGCCGCCGCUGGUCCUUCGAUAAACCCGGAGAGGAAGAAAAAGCUGCCAUCGUAGCAGCAUUAGAGCAUGCUGGGAGAGUUACAGAUGAGGCUGUGAUGGAAACAGUGAUACCUGCUGGAGAGACAGAGACUCAAAACAAGAAAAGGAGGGGCCUGUUUUCACAUGGGAGAGGUGAUUCGGCUGGGAAAGGACCAAUCAUAAGUAAAGAGGAAGCAGAACAUGCUCAACCACUUGUGGAAGUAAAACACAAAGGAUGGUUCAGCUCCAAGGACUCGCACAGUAAACCCAGCUCACAGUCUGGUGGUAAUGCCACCCCAGAUUUGCUAAGGAUUGGAAACAAAAAAGGACCUUCCCAAAUGGAUAUUUCAUUUGAUCCUUUAAUUUCUCACUUCGAGGGACAGACAGAAAAGGAUGAAUUUGAACAUUUUGCCAAAGACAGACUGAAGCCUUCAGAUGAGGUGAAUGAAACAAAAGAUUUGGUUACACCCCCUGCUCUCCUUCUGAAAACAAAUAAUCAAGAGCCCUCGGGUGCUUUGGGUGGCUUAAUGGUGUCGGAUACAAAUGACCUAACUGAUUUAGGGCAAACUGCUUCAGCAGGUACUGUAGAGGCAUCUAAGGAAACUGCUGCUGAGACACCUCAAGUUUCAGGAAGUGAUGUUAAUGAUGUUUGCUCUAGUUCUGACAAGCCUGACCUCACCGAUCACGGGGCACAUGGCUUCCUAGAAUUUGAUAUGAAUUUAUCCGAAAUCUCUUUACCAGAAAAUUCCAGUUUAGAAUUUUCUGAACUGAAUACACUUGCAUGCCCUUAUCCUACACUGUCAUCCCGCUCCAUGAAUGAAGACGGUUCCGAUGCCACAACUCUUGAAGACCACCCAAAGAUGUCCAUAAACUCACAAAAUGCCAAAUCAGAUGUCAAACAGCCAUCAUUAUCAGAAGCAGACACUGUUGACCUUCUUCCUGGUAUCUGCAUUGAGUUCUCAGAGGGGGUGUCUGUGAAUCCUGAUACAUCACAGAGGCCUGAAGCACUUGAGUCUGCUACAGAUAUUGAGUCUGUGAUAGUCCAUGAGGAUCCUAUGCCAUUCUGUAGAGACAACAGCUCAGGUGACACCCUGGAACAGUCCACUGUGAUAUCUGAUUCCCUAGGUGGAGACCUAGACCACCAGUCUAUUGAGCCCUGUCAUUCUCCACAAAGUGACAUCAUUCCAGGUAAUAUAAUACAAUCUGAUGAAGAAUUUUGGAGAUCAAAUGCCUUACUCAUUCAAACUGUGGCAGUAAGUGGAAAGCCCCUAGCUGAAACCACUGAGCCUUCAAGAAUUCAUGUUCAAUCAGCACAGAGUUCCCUAGUGUCAACUGCUUUGCCAUUGAAGAAUGAAGAGAAAGCAGAUGCAGUUAUGGACACCAUGCUUCAGAAUGAAUCAGGAGAUGGUCUCUUAGAGGGUGUCAGUAGUAAAGACAUCUGUUCUGAAAUCGAAGACUCUGUUCCUGAGAACCUAUUUGAUGGCCCUUCCUCUCCAAGGCUCUCAAAAACCAUGUCUAAAGACAUGCAGGAGGACAAACAGAAAGUCAGUGAAUUGCCCACCAGUCCAUGCAAGAAUGACUUAACAGGUAAUCUACUCGAGAGCAUCAGUGAAGAGGAAGAAAUAAUGCAUUCUAAUGGGCCAGCUCAUCCUGAAGGACAUCUCCUUCCCACCACUGGAAUUAGAACAGGGACAGAUGAGGAUGCAACAGAUCCAAACUCUGUGCUCUCACCUGGUAGUGUGCUCCUCCACAGCUUGUAUAAGAGUGCAGAAUCAGACCAGUACCUUACUUGUGCAUCUCAGCAGGAUUCAAUUUCCCCUAGCUUAGAGCUCACACAGGAUGUGAAACCCAAACGUGAUUGGUCUGUAGAGAAAUUUGAGUCCUUGCCAAACCAUAUCUCUAAUGCAAUGCCAAAAGAUGACACAUCUGUACCAGAGGCUGUACCAGAAAUGGCUUGUAAGCAAAAUCAGGUCAUAGAAGAAAACAAUAAACCAUCUCAAGAGGUCUUGCCAAAGCCAGAAUUCCCUCAAGUAUCCCCUCUAGAUGUUUUACCGAGAAAUUGCUUAUUGGACCUCCUGCCAGAAACGCAUACCUUUACACCAAAAUCGGCCCCCUCACACAAUACAUCUUCUGAGAACAUAAUGUUUGACAUGAUAAAGUCAGAUUUUAAUGAAGAAAUGCUACAGCACAACCCUUCAGAGAACAUUGUUGAGAAACAUGACUUUUCCAAAGAUAUGAUGCCAAUUGUUAUUACCUCGGAUAUGAUAGCAGAACUUGAGGCUCAGCUUGCACCGUUAGAUACAGAAACAUGUUUGGUAAAUGAUUGUAAAACCUGCCCAACCAAACAAAACGAUUCCCAAAAAGUGCAAAAAGACGAAUCCCAUAAUAUUGAAUUUUUUGGGAUUGUAUCAGAGGGCAACCUACAUUUAGCCCAGCUGACUGAACCCAAUGUGUUUCUAUCCGAUUGUGCAUUAGACCAAACCUCCAGUAUCACUCAGGACCUUGUCAUAACUGAUUCUGACCAGAAAAACAUCUUUCUACCCCAGCCAACUGAAACGCACCUUCUCUGUACUAACAGAAGUCCAGUUGCAAACCCUGAAUAUGCAGAGAGUCUAGACAGAAAUACUGAAAUGUGGACAACCCCAGCUGUUCACGAUUCUGUGACACCUGACUUGUUUCCAGUAAACUGGCCCCCUUUACCCCAUCCAUCAGCACCUUCACUAUUUGAUCAGCCAACGCUGGCUUCAAGGCAUGAUAGGCGUAGCCUUAACUUUACAUCUUCUUUGUUCGACCUUUCACCUGUAGCUUCCUCAACGCCACAUGAAGCAGUAGAUACUAAUGCCCUUCCCCAGCUAUUCCCCUUUCCCAAAAUUCCCCCUACCUCAGUGGAGUCAUUGCCACGUCCAGAACUUGCUGCUCCUCUUCCUACUAUGCAGCCUACUACAUCAUACAAUCCUUUUCUCCAGGAUAAAACACAGCCAUUUGAUCAUCAGGGCAGUCCACACCCAGUGAAGCCAUUGACACCCCCUGAUGAGAAAAGGUCAGAGGGUCGCUCAGUACUAGAGAAGCUUAAAUCCACCAUCCACUCAGGACGAAGUCACCACUCAGACCAGGAAGCUGACAAGAAGCCACUAGUAGAGGGAGGGGGCUUGUACUAUCACCUGAACCACAGUGAGCUGGUUAAUUUGCUGAUCCAGCGAGACACCGAGCUCAAGCAGGAGCGGGAGGAGUACGAGAAGCGAGGGGCGCUGCUGGAGAAGCGCGAGACGGAGAUAAAGAAGAUGAAGCUUCUGAUCCGAGAUCUAGAGGAUUACAUCGACACGCUGCUCGUACGCAUCAUGGAGCAAACCCCCACGCUGCUGCAGGUCCGCACCAAGAUGAAAUGAUGCAACAAACGCUCCACUAUCCUUCCAUAAAUCCCGGGUGGACGUCACAACCUUGCACUGCUACAGCAAACCAUAUAAAUGUAGAGAGCUAUCUGGCACUAGGUGAUGGGCAUGGAGGAGAGGGUGUAGAUUUGGUGUUCUUAACUGUCCAAAAAUACCUGGGCUUCUACGGGGGUCUGUAUGCACUGCAGGUUUGCAUUGAUGGUUAAAGGUCGGCACUCUGCUGCUAAACUUCAAAGCUGGUAGGAUCCAUAUUCGCUCACCAGACGUCACAUGAUAGUCCAGCUAAGUACCAAAACCACCUGUCAGUCGAAAGGAAGGCAUGACCUUGUCUUCUAGUGCUAGUGUGAAUGGUUUUUAAUGCACGAAGAAAAGCAUUGCUUUAUCUUUCGUUUUUUUUUUUUAUCACGUUUUGACAUGUAACGCUCAGCUGCUUGAACAGAGAACAAAAGUUUGAGGAUUCCAGGUGGCUUCAAAGUGUGCGACAGGGAGCGUGAGACGAAUCAGCCAGUUUUGAAUCUGCUUGUGCCUCCCUACACAUCUUCUGCACUUUACUUAAGAGCUUAAGGGCAGAGGCUCACACCAACUGACCUUCUAGCUUUGUUUUGUUGGUCGGUGUCCUUCCUCUUCCUUCCUUUGCUUGAGCCAAUGCACGUACAUCGCUGCCAGUGCUUUCAGGUGUAAUGAAUGGGAUAUAUACUGUAUUCAUUGCAUAUAUGCCACUCGGACAAAAUGCCAAAUGCUGCCUUAUCACACAGUAUUUUCUCCAUUCUGUUGUCGCUGAACUCAUCACUUUUAAUUAGAUAGCACAUUAUAUUACAAAAUAAAAGGCGAAGUUUAACUUUCCCGAGACUGUUAAGUAUCAAAAUGAUCUGAAGAGAGAACGAAAGCCAUGACAAUGCAAAUGCCAGAAACUAUCUGCUCUAAAUUAACAUUACAGUAUUCUCAAUACCGCAACGGCUCUGUUAAUGUUACUGUAAUGUUUUUAUGAUGUCGCCACUAUCAGUGUUGCCACUGUCUGUGUACAAUGUAGCACUAUAUGUAGAUAUGUGAUAGAGGCGUAGGCCGCAGCACUUUUAAACCUCACACUGAGGCAUUUACAACCGUUCUUUCUCAACAGCUUAGGAAGUGCACGUAGUCAAAUGCACACGUUCAUUGCACAGACUAAUAAUCCUGUAAACACAGGAUAUUAACGGUGUUUCAGUGCUAGUCCCUGCUAGAAAGCUCGAGAUUUAUCAAUAACAUAUUUCUGUGAUUAGAAGCACUUAAAGACUCGUGUGCUCUGAAGGUUUGUCUCGCAGACUAUUGAAGGUGGAUUAAUGAAUGUUCAUUUAAAGGGUUAGUUCACCCAAAAAAUGAAAAUUCUGUCAUUAAUUACUCACCCUCAUGUCGUUCCACACCUGUAAGACCUUCCUUCAUCUUCAGAACACAAAUUAAGAUAUUUUUAUUGAUAAAAUCCGAUGGCUC